AUGGAUAUAGAUAUAAGAAAAAAAAUUUGUAUUAAUUGUGGGAGGAAUGCUGAUAAUCUUUAUCAUCAAUAUGAAAAAAAUAUUAUUCGUCUCUCAAUUUGUAAAUAUUGUAAUAGAUACGUAGACAAGUACAUAGAAGAUGAUUAUCCAUUAAUAUGUAUUGAUAUAUUUUUACAAAAUAUAAAAGCUUACAGACAUGUUCUUAUAAAUGAGGAUGUUACUAGUAAAUUGACUGUUGUAAUGGUAUUAUUAAUGAAUGAAACAUUUGUUAAAUGGUAUAAAUUGAUAAAAAUUAAUGAAAAUGACAAUAAUGAUAUUCAUUAUACAGCUGUGAUGUUUUAUACUACAACAGUUCAGAUAAUUCUUGGGUAUUUUAUUUAUUGUUUAAUUUUAAAAUUUAUGUACUUUAUUAUAACAAAAGAAAAAAUACAAAUAAUUUCAUAUAAUAAAGAGUUUACUAAUUGUGUAUUAGGAUCUUAUGGUUAUGCAUAUAAAACUUUAGUUAUUAUUUGGGAUAUUGAAGAACAUUGGUUAACAAUAUUUUUGUACUCAUUAAUUAUAAUUCUUUCACAUAUUCAAAUUCAAAGAACGUUAAAUCCAAGUUUAUCGAAAUAUAUAAUAACAUUUUGUGUCAUCAUAUCAUUGAUAUUUAAAGAAUCUAUUGAAUAUUAUAUAUCUUAA